AAGUCUCAAAUACUUUGAUCGGUUCUUUAAAGUUUACUUGGCGAGUCAAGAUUCAAGAAGCAAAUAGAAUCAGAAAAUGGAAGAACAAAACCUAUCUUUGUAUGCAAUGAUCUUAUCGAGCUCCUCUGUUCUUCCCAUGGUUCUGAAGACAGCUAUAGAUCUUGGUCUCUUCGACAUAUUAGCUGAGUGUGGCCCUUCCUCUGCUUCUAAGAUCAUGUCUUUCUUGUCUAAUCAGACACAAACACUUCAUGAUUCAAGCUUGGUCAAUAAGAUUCUUCGAUUUCUUGCGAGCUACUCUAUAGUCACAAGUUCUGUUUCCACUGAUCACGGUGAGCCAUGUGUGGUCUAUGGCUUAGCUCCUGUUGCCAAAUACUUCACCAAGAACCAAGAUGGAGGCGGCUCGUUGGCUCCGUUGAUGAAUCUGUUCCAGGACAAGGUCGUGAUUGAUAUGUGGUACAACCUUAAAGAUUCUGUUCUUGAAGGAGGGAUUCCAUUCGACAAAACUCAUGGUUCGAGCGCGGUUGAAUUGGUAGGAAGAGAUUCAAGAUUCAGAGAAGUGUUUCAAAACUCCAUGAAAGGUUUCAAUGAAGUAUUCAUGGAAGAGUUUCUCAAGAAUUACAAUGGUUUCAAUGGUGUGAAGUCUUUGGUUGAUGUUGGUGGUGGAGAUGGCUCUAUUCUCAGUAGAAUCAUCUCCAAGCAUCCUCACAUCAUCAAAGCUAUUAACUUUGAUUUACCCUUUGUAAUCAACACUACAUCAGCUUCUCCAGGAAUUGAGCAUAUUGCUGGAGACAUGUUUACAUGCAUUCCUAAAGGAGAAGCCAUUUUCAUGAAGUGGAUGCUACAUGGCUGGGACGAUGAGCAUUGCGUGAAGAUACUUACCAACUGUUAUCAAUCCUUACCAUCAAAUGGGAAGGUGAUUGUGGUGGAUAUGGUAAUCCCGGAUUUACCUGGAGACAGUCUCUUAGACAGAAGCUUGUUUCAGUUUGAGUUGUUCAUGAUGAACAUGAACCCAUCAGGGAAAGAAAGAACAAAGAAAGAAUUCGAGGUCCUAGCUCGUCUCGCUGGAUUUUCUAAUGUCCAAGUCCCAUUUACAUCUCUCUGUUUCUCAGUUGUAGAGUUCCACAAGAACGAGUGAUAUUCAAAAAUACACAUUUUACAGACUCAAAACUAAGUUUUCUACUGUUCCCUAUCUACUUGAAUACAUGAUUACUUUAAUA